GAGCAGCCAUCUUGGAUAGACAGAUCAGACUUGAGCCAGGAUAACCUGCAGACCUCCUCUGAGCAGCUCAACUACUCCCAGCUCCAAAAGACUCCAUUCUCUGAGCCACAAUGGCCACUGCACCGUACAACUACUCCUACAUUUUCAAAUACAUCAUUAUCGGGGACAUGGGGGUAGGGAAGUCAUGUUUGCUUCACCAGUUCACAGAAAAAAAAUUCAUGGCAGACUGUCCCCAUACGAUUGGUGUGGAGUUUGGUACAAGAAUCAUCGAGGUGAGUGGCCAGAAGAUCAAGCUGCAGAUCUGGGACACAGCGGGACAAGAGCGCUUCAGGGCCGUCACCCGCUCCUACUACCGCGGCGCUGCAGGAGCACUCAUGGUCUACGACAUCACUAGGAGAAGCACAUACAACCAUCUUAGCAGCUGGCUGACUGAUGCCAGAAACCUCACCAACCCAAAUACUGUGAUCAUUCUCAUAGGAAACAAGGCAGAUUUGGAGGCCCAGAGGGACGUCACAUACGAGGAGGCAAAGCAAUUUGCUGAGGAGAAUGGUCUGUUGUUUCUCGAAGCUAGUGCGAAAACAGGUGAAAACGUGGAGGACGCUUUCCUGGAAGCUGCUAAGAAGAUCUACCAGAACAUCCAAGAUGGCAGCCUGGACCUGAACGCCGCAGAGUCGGGGGUCCAGCACAAGCCCUCGGCCCCCCAGGGCGGCCGGCUAACCAGCGAACCACAGCCCCAGAGGGAAGGCUGCGGCUGCUAAUGACCAAGCAAAACCCCCUCCCUCCAUCUUCCCUUUUCUUCUCUGUCUCCAUCUGUCCUGCCUGCCCCUUCUCUCAAAAACCACCACCCGCUUGCCUCAUUCAUCCAUUCCGUCACUUCUGUACGUUCAUCCCCCCUCAGUGCACCCGGAGCUGCAUGAGAGCAGGGCUGCGGAGUGAAGGGACGGAUACUGACUUGGGCCAGACUGAGCUGGGCUGCGUGGAUGACAUCUCCCCUCCACCUCUUCUUCCUCCUCCCCUAUGCUUGUCUUUUCCUCUGUUGCCGUCUCACUCCUCUUUAAACUCUGUCAGUGUGUUUUCAUCCCAUAACGCGCCUCCUUCGCUCCCCUCCGCUCCUCUCGCACCACUAGUGCGUCCAGUCCCACCCCACCCUCCCGUCGUAGUAUCCUAGACACCACCACACAUUACACGGGUUACUGACACUUUAGAUAGACGUAAUGUUCAUACGAUAACGAUAAACCGAGACUGUUUUUUAUGUUUGGUUUUAUAGCUGUAUAUGAAAUGUAAGCACUGCUACAAGUUUCAUCCACCACUCAUUAGCUUAGUUUGAAUCAGAAUCUAAAUUAUAUUCCCAAUCUCCUAGCGCCUCUCCUGCAUGGUUUACUGUAGCCGAGCAAGCUUUCCCAGCAAGAUCCAGCCCUGUGGCUUUUAAUUCUGUUUCUGCUGCUUGGCACAAAGUUCCUUUUGCCAGAUGUGGCAGCACAGAUGUUCUCAGGAGAGAGAGGGGGAGACAUUUAAAAUGCACCCACAGGGAAUUUGUGGGUGAUUCCUCAGUCUCUCUCUCCUUGGAGAAAUCAUAGGAGGAAAUAUUGGAUGUUUUCCAGUUUGUGUGUUUUUGUGAGUGUUGGUGUGUUAAGAAGUUGGAUGGGUUGUUUCUUUUUGACACUUUGACAAAAACAUAAAAAAAAAAAAUAAUAAUAACGUGGCUUUUCAGUUUUUUUGAUGAAAAGAUUCAUUCACAUCUGUUUCUUUGCACCAGCUCACCCAUUCCCUCAAACGCCUGAGCCCAAGACUCCUCCCAGGUCAUAUCAACAGAAUCUGUCUUUACCAGCAUUGUCUUUGUUCGUUGCCUUAUAAUUCACGUGUAUUACUCUUGAAUCUUAAUACUUUUCGCUGCACUCGCUCUUCACACUGCUGUCGGGACUCAUCCCCGUGUCAAGUCCUUUUUUUUUUUUUUUGGAAUCAUUUCGGUCUACACUGACGGCUCACGUGGUCAGAAUAUCUCCAAUGGUUGAGUAUCAUGAUGUUCUGAAACAACUUCUUUAUUUCAUGUGUGGCUGAUCUGAAGAGCUGAUAUGUUCAUUUUGACAGUUGUGUACUACAACACCAAGCAGCAUGUCUCCACACCCUAAAAUAUACAAUGAAUUUGUCAAAAUCCAAUUGUUUUUGUUUUUUUACUACAAUUGUUCUGUAUCAUAGUGAUUCCCUGAUUGGACAGCUGUAUAUAUAUAUUGCUUCUUAACUACUUGGUGAUGACCUCGCUACUUGGGAUUUAGAAAUUUAUUUGCUGACUCUGCCGAGAUCUGUACA